CCAUGUGGAGGCUGGUGCAGGGCCCAGGCAGGGUUGGGGGACACAAUAUGUAAGGGAGUGAGCUGGAUCCAGAGGCCGCUAUUGUGUUGAUGACCUUUGCCAAUUCCUCCUGCAUCGUAAGAGAGAAGAUGUGUCCGGGGAACAAGACUACCAUGGCCACCCCCCAACUGAUGCCCCUGGUGGUGGUCCUGAGCACCAUCUCCUUGGUCACAGUGGGCCUCAACUUGCUGGUCUUGUACGCCGUCCGGAUUGAGCGGACGCUGCACACCGUGGGUAACCUGUACAUUGUCAGCCUCUCGGUGGCAGACUUGAUGGUGGGAGCAGUCGUCAUGCCCAUGAACAUCCUCUACCUCAUCAUGACCAAGUGGUCCCUGGGACGGCCUCUCUGCCUCUUUUGGCUCUCCAUGGACUACGUGGCCAGCACAGCAUCCAUUUUUAGUGUCUUCAUCUUGUGCAUUGACCGUUACCGCUCUGUCCAGCAGCCCCUCCGGUACCUGAGGUAUCGCACCAAGACCCGAGCGUUGGCCACCAUCGUGGGUGCCUGGUUCCUUGCCUUCCUGUGGAUUAUCCCCAUUUUAGGCUGGCAUCACUUCCGGCCAGAGGAUGCCCGGUGCCAGGAGGACAAGUGCGAGACAGACUUCUACAAUGUCACCUGGUUCAAGAUUAUGACUGCCAUCAUCAACUUCUACCUGCCCACCUUGCUCAUGCUCUGGUUCUACGCCAAGAUCUACAAAGCUGUACGGCAACAUUGUCAGCACCGGCAGUUCAGCAAUGGAUCCCUCCCAGCCUUCUUUGAAACUAGUUUAAAGCAAGAGAAUCCCAAGGUGGGUGCCAAGAAACCAGGGAAGAGGUCUUCCUUGGAGGUUCUAAAAAGGAAGCCGAAAGUUGCCAGUGAUGGACCCGUCGCAAAGCCACUAUCUCAAGAUGCAGAAGAGAGCAAAUCCCCAACUGGCUGCACCCAAGAGGAGGAUGGAGAAGUAGCCAAGGUCCUUGAGUGCUUGCCACUCAACAUGGUACAGACGCACCUAGUGGGGGAAGGGAAUGGCAGUGGUUAUGCAGCUAUUAGCCAGAGUCCGCUUGAGCUAGACGAGGAGGUCCCGAACACACACGAAGCUGGUGAGCCAUCCGAGGAUCAGACCAUGGUGGAUAGCCAGUCCUUCUCUCGGACAGACUCUGACACCCCCACUGAGCCAGCGUCUGGGAAAGGCAGAACAGGAAGUGAGUCCACCACAGGCCUGGACUAUAUCAAGCUCACAUGGAAGAGGUUUCGCUCACAUUCAAGACAGUAUGUGUCCGGGUUGCACAUGAACCGAGAAUGGAAGGCAGCCAAACAAUUGGGUUUUAUCAUGGCUGCCUUCAUCCUUUGCUGGAUCCCUUACUUCAUCUUCUUCAUGGUCGUUGCCUUCUGCGAGAAAUGCUGCAAUGAUUACGUGCACAUGUUCACCAUCUGGCUGGGUUAUGUCAACUCCACAUUGAACCCCCUGAUCUACCCUUUGUGCAAUGAGAAUUUCAAGAAGACCUUCAAGAAAAUUCUGCGCAUUCACUCCUAAAGGAGUUUUUGAGAGGUUGUAACAGAGUAGUGCUGAGGGUGUCCUGCAAGGUAACACAGGGUGAAGGCCUGUGUGUUGCCAGGUACCUGGACUUUCUGAAGUCAAAACAAUAGUCGUCGUGGCUGUGGAUUGUUUGGGAAGUUCUUAUGCACCGCCAGAAGGACCAGGAGAUGGUGAGGUCAGCAGAGAAAUUGUACUCUAAGUGGAAAGCAGAGGAUUUCCAAGGGAAUCAGAACUGGACACAACUCUCUUGCUCCUCAGGAAACUUGAGAGCUUCCGGCUGCUUGCAAUUCAAGUUCAGUUCUAAGUAGCAACUGAAGGGACAUGUUGGUAGAGUUUCACUGGAACAAUUAGCUAGAACGCUUGGACUUUCCUGGAAUGGUGUUGGAUGGCACUGUUGCACAUCAUUUGCAGAUAAAUAUUCCCUAAAAGGGGUCUCUUGAGAAACAGGACAGUUGUCCCUCUGUGGUCACCACUUCUCAAAACACCUCUCUUCUGAGCCUCUAAGUUUCUCCAGAACCAGUGUUUCCACCACCCUGGAAAUUCUGCCUUAUUAUUCUUACUCAUGCAUGUCUUAGAGUAGGAAAUCGAGUAGCUUAAACUUCCUUCUUUUUUCAAUCCUAAAGUCCUUUGUCUUUUAAAAUUGAGGUGCAGCAAGUUUAAGUAUAUUGAAAGGUCACAUAUUUAGCUAUGCGAGGGAGCUAGAAUCAAAACCCUGCCUUGUACCAUAUUUUCUCCAAAAGACAAAGAUUUGUUUUUAGAAAUACACACACACACACACACACACAAACACCUAUCCCUGAGAUGGUAGCCAUUCUU